CAUGACGGCCAGGCACAUUACACAUAUUACAUGUACAAACAAUGGUGGUCUCUCUGUCAUUUACCUUUGUUAUCAUCAGUUGUAAAACAUGACUUUUUUGUUGUUCCUCUUUAGCAGCAAAAAGCAAAAGCAGCGAGUUGUGUGAAACAAAUAAUUAAUCAGCUGCCUUGCAAUGAAAGAUAUUCCUCUGACAAUCCAGUCAAAGUUACCAUCCUGGCAACUCAAUGGGAAUGGCAGGGGUUGGGGCGGUGGAGUUCAUAUUCUUCAAACCUUGCAAAAGAGUUGUCCAAACAACUGGCAAAAUUCCCUCAGGUGAAAGUCUCUGUCCUGGUCCCUGAAGGUUCAUGUAAUGUUCUGGGCAAGAUUGAUGCUAAACGUCAUAAUUUUACCAUUGUUGAAGCAAAAAAGCGAUGCGGAUUUAAGGAUCGCACUGAAUGGCUCUCCUACCCACCAGAAGGCCUCACUACAGACAUUGUGAUUGGUAUGGGUGGGAGACUUAACAAAAUGGCCCAACUAUUCAAGGAACGUCACCACUGUAAGAGUAUAUUCCUUGGUGGUGAUGCUGUGGAUGAAAGCCUCUCCAAAAAUGAAGAAUUGAGAGAUGCCCUGGCUGAGAGUGAAGAGGAAUUAGAUGGUGGGUGCAAUGUUCAACCAAUUAUGGAAAUGGCAGAUCUUCCAGUUGCUGUUGGACCAAAGAUGGCUGACAAACUUUCUGCUUCCCUCUCUCAUCAGAAAAAAAGAGUUUUUCAGUUUACUCCAGGUAUACUCCAUGAAUUUGAUGAUGUCACGCAUACCCCUUGUGAUAGGAAAAAGUUUCGUAUCAUGAUUGUAGGACAUGGUAGUGCCAGACAUUUUGACAGAGAAAGUCUUAACAUUGUUGCCAAAGCAGUUGCUGGGUUGAAGGAUGGAUCCUAUGAGAUUAUUCUUGUUGGUGCUGCUAAAGGAAAACAAAAGAAAUUUGUUGAGAAGUUUCAGAAAUGUAAUGUUCGUAUACAUCAGCUGAUCAUUCGAAGCCCUCCCAAAGAUGAAGAAGAGUUGAAAAGGUGGCUGUGUGAAGCAGAUCUUGCCAUCAUGCCCUCCAGUAAACAGGAAUUUGGAAUGUUUGGUCUUGCAGCCUUGUCAUCUGGCCUCCCUAUCUUGGUACAUGGUGCAUCAGGACUCGGUGAAGCCCUGAAACCUGUCAUUGGUGGGUCGUCAUCCAUUGUGGAGUCAGACAAUGACAGUGAGUGGUCCAAGGCAAUUAAGAAAGUCAGAGACAAGGACAGGACAGUACGUCUUCAAGAGGCUGAUUUACUGCGCAAACAUUACGACGAGAUGUACAGCUGGGAGAGACAGUGUGGAGCUCUUGUUGAUGAGAUGCUGCAGAUAGUUUCUGCUCAACAAGGCAAGAGUCAAUAACAUGGAAUCUGAGUGAAUGCAUCCCCUGGCCUGAAACAAGAACAAUCAACCUGAACUGGCACAAGAGGAUGUGAAAUGAACAAUCAUGUAUUCUUUCAUUAUUGUUAAACAUUAUAUGCAUGAAAUUUUUGAAUAUAAAUGUUGUAUGGAGGCUCUGCUAUAAACAAGUCUCCAUAGAAGUUCUAUCCACUCGUACAUUGGGUUGAUAAACAGUGCCAAUUGUCUACACCCAGAGAGGUGUGCAACAACAUGUUUACUUGAUUCAUGUUUACUUGCAUUUUUUUUUUUUAUUGAAGAGAAGCCUGAUAGCAGGCUCUUGUAUUCACUUCAAUAGAAGUAUAAGCUUUGCUCUUUGGCUAAUGUCAAUAGUAAUAAGUGGCAUCAAUUGUCAACACCCAGAGAGGUGUACAAAGGGCACAAUAUUACCCACAACUGCCUAUAUUGUACAAUUUACUCACUGAGAGUCAGGCUCUUAUAUUCAGUUUGAUCAGGGUGAGUAGCCAUAGUGCUGUCUAGUGUGUUUGUUAUGAUGUUAACCUGUGUCCAUUCUCCACAACAGGAGAUGCGUAAAAGGACACCCUCAAUAACGUGUAUGUAAUUUUCUUAGUCCAAGCCUGGUUAUAAGCAGGGUCUCUUGAUCAUUUCAGAACAAGUGGGCUUUGUCUUCUGGCUCCUCUAGGGCCAGUGUCAAUGGUCAACACCCAGAGAGGUUUAUGAAGGGUACUUUUUUUUUCAACUUCAUAUUAAUUAGAUGUGACUAAUAUACAUAAGGUUACUGUCAACAAAAUAGAAUGCGUUCCUGAAAAAUUAGAGGACAUGUGUGAUUUAUUUGAAAAAAGGCUGGAAGCAGUGUCCAUGAUCAUCAUCCAGAGAGGUGUACAAAGGACUCUUUCACUCGACUUCAUAAAGGUGAAUGUAAUUCAUUUCACAGAAGGACGAUAUAUUCACUUCAGAAAAAGUAAACAGAUGCAAGUUUAUUGUUCAAUAUUCUAAUUAUCCAUAAUAAAAGUGGGCAGUAGUACUUCAUGUGAGGCAGUUAGUACACCUUGUACAGCAACAGUUCAACAUCAGCAGGCCAUAGCUCUUUUUUAAUUGUCAGAUACCAGUAACUCCUAUUCUGGCUAGUUAGCCAAGAUAACCAGGGUCAGCACUCAGAGAGGUGUACAAACUGUAGCAAGCUUGUUUCUUGCCUUGAGUCAGUGGAGGUGAGUUAAAGAGUGGAUGAAUAACAAACAACAGUGGUGGCUAUCAGGACAGACCUUGGCAUUUUUUGCCUGUUUACACUAGCCAAGAACCCAGCUACUUUUCUUUUCUUUUUUUUUUUUUUCAUUAAAAUUGUCAAAUGAAUAUUUAACCUGGCCAUAUUUCUUUUAUUCUUUUUCUUUCCAUAUAAUAAUCAGUAAGCUUUUACCCUAAAUGACUACUAUACAUCUUUGUGGUCUAGUCCCAAACUGCUGUGUCCUUUCAUGACCAUAUAUGUUCCUCAGCUGAUGCUCAGCGUAGUUCUUGUUACUCUUCUACACGACACUGCAAUAAAAUUGUGAGGAUAUUUACUGGUA